CACGAUCAGUCAGUUUUGAGACGUCUGGGCGUGCAAACCUCUCUCGGUUGCGGUCUCGCGGGGUUAUAUAAAAUUUCCCAGGCAAUCGUUGGAAGAUUCACCGGUACAGUUUGAUAGUGCUCUGUUCGACAAUCGAUAAUGCGAUCGAGUUCCUGCUGAUUUGAGAUCGAAAAGUGUCUAAUAUCUGGAAAGAAAAUUCAUCUGAUCGACUGAAAGCGAAAAAAAGUUAUUUUUAUUAAUAUAGUGCUCCCGGGAAUGUACUACGGGUUCGGAAGAUGAGUGGUAACGUCCCUCUACGAGCGCCAACACCUCCGGCAAUGGCCAACCAUCCAGCAUCGAGAUUUAAAACGUCAAGAACCAUGCCAACAUGGGUGACUGAUAGCAGCGAUCGGGUUGGACCACCACCACCUGCGCCGCCGAAUAAUCACGAUCCGGAAUAUGAGGUCAUCGAUGUUGCCAAUCAACAAUACUCUAAUGCUCCACCACCGAUUCCGCUGAAAUCACCAGAUAUCAAACGCAUGACCGUUAUGAAAUGCGACCUGUGCGGUUCUGUCACACCAGCAGUUCGAUGCAUACAAUGCGAUCAAAACCUAUUCUGUGCAUCCUGUGACGAACGCUAUCACCGUCAUCCGAAACGCCAAACCCAUACCAGAACGCCCGUAGAAUUGCAAAAUACCACGGUGAAGCCCCCGCUGCCGCCGAAAGGUGAGGCUAGCACGGGUGGUCCCCUGCCACCACCCAGAAGAACCAAACGUCCCGGCAGUUUCCUAUUUCCUAGCCCUAUGCUGGGGCGUAAACAGGAACCGGACCAGACCAUACCUACAACUGUUCCCCAAGGCCCUGAAGUGAGUCAGCCCCAGAAGCCUCCACAACCUCCACCUAGUCCUGCGCUGUCUCUCCGCGACAAAAUGAGCUCUCUCAAGCGUUUCAUUCAUCCAUCAAACAGACCGCUUCCAGAUCCACCUGGACAAAAAGUUCACUCGUCCAACACAUCGCUUAAUUCCACCGGCGCUAGCCCCUUUCGAUCUAUAUCCAGUACGAUGGAAAAGAUCCAGAACAACACUGCCGCCACUCUAGAUCGUAUGACUCUAUUGCAGCAACGCUACCGACAACACCAGGAAACCAUGAAAGCUGACAGCGAUCGAAGUCGUCGCGCAAGUGUUUCAUCCAACGUUGAUCUACAGUCAUCAGGCCCAAAUAUACGUUCAAAACCACCAUCAGUCCCAACAAUAAACCAUCACCACCAACAACAACAGUUUCACCAGCAACAUCUGCUUCAUCCGCGAUGGAACGAACCUCCAACACCCAGAAUAAGAUCUGGUAGUGUCGCUUCGGAUAUCAAUUUACUACCCAGUGCAUCCUCAACAGUAUCUAACGAAAGUAAUCCACCCCGAAAUAAUCCACCGUUUAUGUCCCCCAUGCAGCGUUCAGAGUUUGGUGCAGUUCCAGGUUCCGGUCCGCCGAAUCCUCGUAGUACGUCUGUGUUUAAUAUAAACCAAUUGCAGCCACAACAGCCAAACAUGUGGGGCUUUACUCCUCUGCAACAGGCUCAAUCAAUGGCACAUUUCAAUCAGAUGCACUGGAAUCAAAUGAAUCCAUGGAUGCCGGGUCAGUCGCAGAAUGGAUCCAACAUGAGUCUUAAUUUGCCACCAUCUCAAAUGAGUCACUAUCCACACGAUCAACCUGGCUAUCCGUCCAACUGGAAUAACGCAUGGGGUGGAAUGUACCCUUACCCGAUGGGUAUGAUGCCGGUGAUGCCCGGAAUGGCACUACCUCCACCCCGUUCGAGAGCUCAUUCUCGAUCACGUGCAGCCUCUCCAGCGCUCAGUAUCAAGUCACGCAAGUCCACCAUGUCGAUGCGAAACAUGCAACGAAGCAGUUACAUUAACGAUCUGACCGACGAUGAGGACUCCGAUGAAGAGUUUAUUAAACCUCGAGGUCGUCGAGAUCGCCGACAACGAGUAGAUUCCAACAGUAGUCUUGAUUUUGAUGAACCAGAACCAAAUACAUUCAUACGAGCAUCCAGUGUGAAGCACUCGCGCUUCAAUCGGGAUCGUCGCAGCGGUUCUGCGGCCAGAUCUCUAAUUGAUUAUCCCACAUCUCACACAAGAGAAUCACAUCGUACCCGGUACGAUCGUGAUGAGCUGCUUCGAGAUCGAUUUGAUAAAAUGUCUUUAUCGUCGACUAGAAAAACGACCAACCCUUCGCAAGGGAACGAUUCUGACAAAGAAUUCAAUCGAAACGUAUCCAAGCAAGCAAGGUCCAAUAACGAGGAUAUCGGUUCGCCACGCAAGAUAACCUCUGACUCUAUGACGAACGAUUCUGAUGUUGAUCUAGAAAGACGUCGUCUCGCCAAACACAGAACUUCCAGCAGUGCUGCAUCUCCCCGAAGAAUUGCGUCCGAUUCGUUUACUAAUGACUCCGAUGCUGACUCACAACGUCGUAAACAGCAGUCUAAGAAAUCUAAUAAACCUACAAUACCGCUUCCAAAACGAAUGGAAUCAGAUUCAGUGACCAACGAUUCAGAUUCAAUACGUGAAAAAUCAAAACCUUUUGGAAUAAAGAAAGAAUCAGAUACUGAGAAAAAUAAAUCAUCCAAGUCAACCAAAUCUGGACAAAUUAUUCCCAAGAAAAUUCCAUCAGAUUCACACACUCCCGAUACCGACGGCGAACAGAGACGCCGAUUCAACAACAAAAAAUCGCUGAAGAAACAUUCAAGCACGGAAUUUAUAGCCAAUGAUUCGGACGCCGAAUUUGAACGCCGAAAACAAGAAAAACUUAAAAAAGCCAGUGUUCAAGAGUUACCCGAAGAUAAAUGCUCUAAGAUAUCUGACGAUGAAGAGCAGGAAACACACAUGAAAACUGUUGAAUUGAAAAACCAACUAAACGAAACCAAGCUUGAAUCGAUCGAGGUAACGGUGGAUACUUUACCAAUUUCUGCAGUCGCACCUAAUCGUGAAUGGGAAUGCGAAUUCUGUACUUAUGUCAACGAUGCCGGAGUGAAAAUCUGUGCGAUAUGCUGUAAGACAGUGUCGGCGAUUAUUACCGAAACAAAAGCUAAUACAAAUAUGCCUCGAUCGCCACCACCAGAUGUCGUGCAGGAGCCACCUUUUGAGAAGAAACUCGUUUCUAGGCCGAUCGACGAUGUGCAGAAGCAGGAGAAAAUCUCGCCCGUGCCAACCAAAGAGGGCGAGGCCAAGAAAAAAGACAAUGAUGAUGAAAAGGAAAAUGGUGAUGAUGGUGGUACAAAUAGUGUGAAUGAGAAAGUUUUUGACGAGAGUCAGUACGAAAAUCAUGAAUUUAACAUGCAAUGUUCUCCAUCGAGAUCAGGAUGUUUGAAAGAUAGUGGUGAGAUCAAACAAAAUUUAGACAGUGAAGAAGUUAAGAUAGUGAACAAACUAGUGAAAGAAAAAGUGUCUACGGGAUGUGGUCCUUCUCCACCACGUGAAUCUCAGAAAGAACCUCUUAAGCUUCAAGACAAUAGGCAGCCAACUACACCCCGAGCUUCAAUAGGAACCUCUCCACCUCCUCAGGAUAUGUCGACUCAGACUUACGACUCCUUUGAGCAAAUUAGUGAAGACAUUUCGGCAAGUCAAGUCAUAGCUCAAGACAAACUCCCCAACAACUUGACUCAACCACCGCCCGGCAGUAUCUUCAAACGAUCGCAUUCAAUUGCCACUACACCACAACUGCUACAAGUGGGUGGUUCUCGUUCUGGCAGCCGAAUGAGCUUCUCGAGUGACACGCAGAGUUUGCCACCAUCUCCGCACGAACAAAGUCCACAGCCUCCGCAGCAGGCGCAGUACCAUGACACACCUCAAGCCAUACCAAAUCAUUCAGACGAAAAUAUGUCGUACCUGGACCGCGCCAUUCAUCAGAUCAUUCAAACAGCCGCCAAGACCACCUUCAGUUUGUCUCGUCCACUCGACCAGAACAAGUAUCGUGCGAUGAACGACCUGAGACGCAUCGAUGUCAUCCAACCAAACCAUCCGACCGCCAAAGACCUGUUACCGAAUCGGCAAAUGACGAACACCACCAUGUGUGAUCGCUCCGACGAUGCUACUCGGAUGAUGGAGACACUAAAGAUAGAUGGCCAUACUAAUCUAGCGGGUGCAGAGCUAGUCUAUCUUUUAAAGGAGGCGGAACAACACAAAUUCACAGCUGAGGAGCUGCAGGCAGCGCUUGGUCAUUGCAGAGAUAAACACCCGAUUCAGUGGCUCCAUGACAACUGGUCAAAGCUAAUCGACACAGUUCAAACAUUAGCUACUAAAUACGGCCAUGAAAAGAGAGAAAACACCAUCGGCACAAUUUCUUCCAUUGAGGCUCGCGAAGCGCUUCGUUUGCACAAGGGAAACAUUUGGCACGCCAUUACUGAAUGCAUUGAGCAGCGCCAAAAGAAGUACAAUGAAAUCGCCUCAAAAGGCAACUUCACUCGGGAAGACAUUGUUACCAGCCUCACAGCGCAUCAUGGAAAUUUGGACUUGGCAAUGGUGGAGCUCAGCAAAACUCAACUGAAGCCAUUCCUAAUGCGAAUCUGGGGUCCGCCAAAUGGAGCCGAUAACGAUUCUGGUAACUCACUUCUGCAGCAAGCGCUAAAAGAGGAUCGGAGUGGAAUCAGCAGUGAGAUUCAAGAGUUUAUCAGUACACAUGUCGAGAAUGAACUACUUUCCAAUGGUUCAUCUAACGGAGUACACGCGGUGAAUGCUUGUUCAGAGAAGCUCGAAGAAUCCAAGAAAAUCACAAACCGCUGCCCAACAACCAAUGGAAGAGCAGCAAUGAAACCAGAGGAUAUCCAAAAAUUUGGCAACCAGGGAGUAUCCAACGACAACCCUACAGUGAUUGACGAUGAAUGCAUUCCAUCAAAUACUGCGAUUUUGAGGGACAUUGAGAAGCUUAUAGAUCAAAUGGAAAAGAAUCAGGCAAACCAAAACGAAGACGUGUUGAAAAACAUUCAGCAGCUACUCACCAAACUGGUCGAUCGUAAUGAAUCUCGCCCAGCUUCUCAAGUUUCGGUACGUUCAGAAUCAUGCGAAAGAAUCAUUACAAAAAGUCCAAUUCCACUACGACGAUCAACUGAAAUUUCGAUCGACGAGACGAAACCCAUAUACGAAGACAUUCGAAAGUUCAUGACAGACAACAUUCAGGAAAUUCUUCCCAGCCUCGUCGGACAAGUUCAACAGGAACUGGACAGCACCCCAUUCAGAUCUGCAAGAACCCUGGAAGACGACAUUAGAGAAACCCUAAUGAAUGCCGAAUAUUCAGAGGAUGACUACGCGACCAUUCACUGUUUUCCGUUUAAACGCGACCCUGAGACAGCACGUGAUUUUCCUAGCUUGACGAAAAUAACUUCGAAGGAUUCCAAUACCACCCAAGAAGAAGACAAUGAAUAUGCUAAUAUACAGAAUUUUCUGAGGAGGGCCAUUCGCAACGAAAGACUGACGUGUAAUUUUGAACAAUAUAGGAUGCAGAAUUACAGAUUCGACAGUAGCUCCGACGAAGCAAAAAUGACAGCUGAAAGUACAGACUACUACGACAUAGUUACAGUGAAUCAGAAAAUACAAGAAGCUCUAGACAGACGCAGAACAAGUGUAAAAUCUGAGACGGAAUCCAUGAGAUCCGAAUCGAUAUCAUUGGAAUUGGAUGCGCUAGGCAUGGCAAGUCCCAUUGAAGAAGCGAUCUAUGCCAAUGUUUCGACUAUUAAAUCGACGAUAUCAGCUGUGGAAUCAAAUGAAAAUAUACACAACCGAGAAUUGGCGAACAACGAGCUACGUGAGCCCACGAAAUGUUCUUCUCAAAUGGAUCUUAAGGCAACCAUAGCGGACACGGUUAUCCCCGUCAUAUACACUGAUAAUUUUGAAGGGCUGAAACUGGUUGUCGAGAAUAUUCAAAAGGAUGAACAGGCGUUUGAAAUGUUACCCGUUGAACCAGUGUCACAAAUUGAUAAUGUGGAAGAGUUUAGGCACGCUGUUGGCACCAUCGAAGAAAUUCAAGAUGAUCUUGAAAUGUCACUGGAUAAGCAGGACACAUCUCUGUUAGAAGCUGACCUUCCCAUUAACGACAACGUAACAGAGACGGACGAGACCGUGAUAGAAAUACUUCCGAAUCAUCCGCCUGCAGCUACUGCAACAAAACCAGCGACUACACAUUAUGCCCAAGAGGUUUCUGAGAAUGCCGAAAUUGAACCACAAGAUCAUAUAACUCAUGCACAUGACAGUAGAAGCAAUGCCAAUGAUUCUAAUGCUUCUGCUAGCAAUGUAGAUGUAGAAUCUCAUGAAUUAGUUGAGGUUGUCCCAACUUCUGUUACCGUGUUAGAGUUCAGCGGUCAACUUACCACCCAAGACCCCAUUUCUCCAAAUAAUGCUGAUUCUACUCAUAUUAAAAUAAUCACCAUACCAUCACAAACACAGCUUACUCCGUCCGGGUUAACAAGCGAUGAACAAGCUCUUUCAACUGACUUUUCGGUCAUUCCCGUACAAUCAAAUGCUAGCCUUAACCAAAUUCCCAGCCCUCCACGAACUCCAGAAGUAGAAGCGUUUCCCAAAUCUCCUACAGCGAUUGAAAAUGAAACCUCACAAAUUCCUUCUCAAGACCUUCCAACUAGCUCAACCCUUAACGGAACUACAACUUCGGUUCCCUGCGUAAUACCUACGAGUCCCGAGGACAAACAGUCAAACCACCCUAGUCCCAUAGCUCCCAACGAUAACAUAGUGACUACGUCACUAUCCAAACCUUCGAACAACCUUUCCGAUUUAGUACUUGAUACCAAACGACUCAUUCAGCAAAUGAAAGAUGAAAUUGCUUCUGACAUGGCCACCAUGCAGAAUGAAGAUGAAAUAUACGAUGGCGAGUAUUACGAAGAAGACGAGUAUGACGAAUGGAGCGAUGAAAAUAUUGAUGAAUGGGAGUCGAACGAAGAAUACGACGUUGACGAAAAUGGCGACUACUACGAAUACGAGGAUGAAGACGAAGACGGGUCAGUGAUGUUCAGCGAAAUAGCACCUGAGGACGCUUGGGAUGCAAUGAAUCGGGUCAGUGAACCAGCCGAUCAAGUCAUGAUUGAAGAGGCAAUUGGAAACAAACUUGAUCUACCAAAGAUAAGUGCAGCGCUAAUAAGAGAAUUGGAACGAAAUAGUGCUUCGGAGGUUAGUGAUCUGCCGCUAGAUAGUGAUUUCAAUGAUGCGCUGAGCAUUAUCGAACAGUCAGUGGGAGAAGUUGACGAAAUUCUAAGCUCCGCAGUGGAAGGCUUGAUGGAGAUUCAUCAUUCGGAGUACGAUGAAAUAAUUGGACCCGGGACAUUACAAAACAGUCCUGAUGCUAGUGAAUUCAGUGAGAUGACACUUAUCGCUGAUAGGACCGAAUCGACAGAAGCUACAUUGGUGGCCGAAGAAAAUUUAAACUACACGAGAAAAAAUGUACAGACAUUGCUAAAUGCUAAGGCUGUAAUCGGAAAUUUCAUUAGGACUGCACAGUUGGUUGAGGAUAGGGAUAUACCCACUUUGAACGGUCUCGAAGGCCAAAUUGUCGUUGCAACGGACGAAGAAAAUCAACCUAGUAAGUUGAACCAAUGCAUUGUUUUAGAAACUUCUCAAACUGAUCAUGCUGACGUUCAUCAACGCACAACUGAAUUAGUCGAACGAUCUAAUAAUAAUAAUAUCGAAGAAUCGGUAAAUGAAACCGUUCACACAGAAAAAAUACUCAGAGACUCAAUAGAGUUACAUCCAGAUCAAGAAGUAGCAGACGCUACUCACGUACUUGAUGCUACAAUAGAAAUGUUGAAUUCAGUUGCUAGAGACCUAAGCGAACAGCUUCGCCAAGUUUCUCCUAGCCAAGAUAAUACAAGGCCUGGUCGGGAUCCAGAAGAAGCGGUUAUUAUGAAUUCUUCAUUUCAGCAGAACAUUCCAGAAUAUGCAGUUGUUACCAGAAACAGAACUACCGGUAGUGUGGAGAUAUCUGGUGCUAUUCCAUUGUUGCCCGAAGCUGAAAUUCAUGACUAUGUGAAUGUAUAUAACGGUAGGGUGGCCUUAAUGGACUCUGGUAUAACUGAUGUAAUUGAACAACACCAUACUAGUGUUCCCUCUGACGACCAAUUUGAAGCCAUCCCUAAUUCAAUUCCUGAAUACGCAACAGUCAUUAAGGUGAACAAUGAACUGCAGCUGAUUGAAGAGCCUCCAACAAUACUAGAACCAGAAUCAAGUAUAAAUUCUUCUGUCAACGUUCAAAACGUUGUAAAUAGACGCCCUGAAACAACACGAAUCUCUGCAAUUGCUUUGGAAUAUAAGGAGAAUCGACAGACCAAUACAGAAAGUAAGAUCACAGAAACCGUCGAAGAAACAAACAGUACAGCAGCAGAAGUUCUAAACAGAGUUCAAACUAACCAGGCUAUACCAACCAGUCACGAUCUUACAGGGCCUAUGAAUAAAAAAGAAGAGACUCAUCAUAUUGAUGAGUCAAUACCAAAAGACACGAGCGUCGAACUGGUGCAACCAGUGAUUGAAAAUACAGAUUCUACACAACAUGCAGGAUCCAACUCACAACACAACAUGCAGCCUAUCAAAAGCAUUCAAUCUGAUCCAAUUCAAUCUAUUUCAAAUGGCGUAGUUGUAAAUGAUAUUGCCUCAAUAGACGACAUAGAGAACAGAUCCAAAAACUACGCAGCUUCAGGGAACGUGAAUUUACAAACAGAGAUUAUUUCCGAACAAAAAAUUAUCGAACAGAACCACAAAGAAUCUGAAGUUAAUGUAAAUGAAUCCCCAAAUGGCAACAGUUCAGAUCCAAAUUUAGGCCAAGCAUCUGCAUCAAAAAUGAAUACAAUUACCAUCAUCCAUGAUCAACCUAAUAUAACAUCAAUAGAUAAGAACAAACAGCAAACAAGUACUAUAACCGCUGUUGAACAACCAUCAUCAUAUCAGAACGAACAAACGUAUUCCAUCACCAAUGGGGAUUUACAAGAAGCCACCCUUCAUUCAUCUAGAUCGCGCGAACCAUCUGAAGAGCUAUCGAGCUUUAUAGAAGUGCAACCAUCGCAAGUAAUCAUUCAUAAACCAUCUUCAGAAAUACAGGAUUCACAAUCUCUACCGGAACCACCUCAGCAAUCAUCUAAUAUUGACGCUAACCUUGAAGUUUCUCAAUCGAACAACGACGGAUCUAAAAAAUCUGGAAAGCUAUCCUUAAAGAUACCGAAAACCAUCGUCAAAUCUGAAAAUGCCACUACCAAAAAACCAUCAACACCACCAUCUCCACCAUCCCCAAGCAGUUCCAAAAUCACAAAAACUGUUAAAACCAAACCCAAAACCACAACAGACACAAAAAAGAAAUCAUCCACCGCAUCCGAUUCCUCUAGCCGCAGAAACUCUCUUCGCAAGACUUCAAUCGGCGGCCCAUUUGGUCCUGUGCAAACCAACACGGUCAAGAAUAUGCAGAAAGAGUUCCUCAGUAAGACUCAUAAAGAUACAUCCAAAUCAGUCAUUAGUAGUGCACCGAAACCAAAGCCAUCCAAACUGGUACAACCGAAGGCAUUUACUAAUAAGCUUACUAAACCCGUUACAUCCAACCAGCCAUUAAAUGGGACAGACUUUAGCAAAGCAUCAACCCCAUCCACGGAGCCAGGAUCAUCUCGUUCGACUCCUGGACCAAGCUCAGGUAAUAGCAUUGGAUCUCGCGAAGGUUCAGUUACCUCAGAACAGAAACGGAAGCUUCGAAAGAAAUACCUGGAGACCUGCUUCAGUGAUGACUAUAUGACAUCGGAUGAGGAUGGCGAUUUAACGACCGUAACGGAAAGCGAAAGUAGAACCAUUAUACGUUCCUUAGUAACACCGUACGAACCCAGCGAAGAACCCAUAGAAGUACAAGCCCGUCGAAUGCUAGAUGAAGGUCAUGUUCAGACUUACCAACAAGCUGAACUAGCAGUUCAGCUGAUCGAAAUGAGAUACGCACGGGACAAUGCUAUCUGGGCAGCAACACAAUGUCACACAAUCGAUGAAGCUAAAGACCUACUCCAGAAAGAAUGUGAGUUGUGUCUUGGUGUCUAUCCGAUGAAUGAGAUCAUUUCCAUGCUAAAAUGCACCCAUUCAUGUUGCUUGGAUUGCACCAAAGUCUAUUUCACGGAAGAGAUCAUGCAUCGGUCGAUUACUAACUGCAACUGUCCGUACUGCAAAGAACCGGAUCUGAAUAAUUCCAACGUUACUGAAGACGAUGUGUUGGAAUACUUUUCAAACCUAGAUAUUUUACUCAAAAAUAUCGUAGACGAAGAGGUGCAUGAUCUGUUUCAGCGUAAACUUCGUGAUCGCACUCUGAUGCAAGAUCCUAACUUCAAGUGGUGCGUAAACUGUUCCUCUGGGUUCUUCGUUCGCCCACGUCAAAAGCGUCUCAUAUGCCCUGACUGUGGAUCGAUUACGUGCACCUCAUGCCGUAAACCAUGGGAACCACAACAUGAAGGUAUUUCUUGCGAAAAAUUCGCAGAGUGGAAGGAGGCUAAUGAUCCGGAGUUCCAAGCUCAAGGUGUUGCUCGUCAUUUACAAGCCCACGGUAUCAGCUGCCCGAAUUGUAACUUCAAGUACUCACUGUCGCGCGGUGGCUGUAUGCAUUUUACCUGUAUACAAUGCAAAUUCGAGUUCUGCUUCGGAUGCAACAAACCUUUCAUGAUGGGUGCCAAAUGUAACGUCUCUCCGUACUGUGCAAAACUAGGUCUCCACGCUCACCAUCCAAGAAACUGCCUAUUCUACCUGAGAGAUAAGGAUCCAAGGGAUUUGCAAACAUUGCUAACGAUGCAUAAUGUCACGUUUGAUACCGAACCUUCCGAACUACUAAAACGAGAGUUUAGGCAAAGCGAAUUGGAUUCCAUGAAGUGUCCCAUCCCACUGCAGAAAGAAACGCCUGCAGGAUUAAUGGAUACCGUCUGCAACAAUGACGUUCCAGAAGCACACGCCGGCUUGUGCAGUGCCCACUACAUAGAAUAUUUAAGCUUGCUGACGAUGCUAAACCAAAUCGACCCCAUCGACGUGCUGAGCGUAGACGAUCUCGAAUCGAUCGUCCGUCGAGCCAACAAACGUAUGCCACCGAGACCAAUCGGAGUCGUGGACGGAAUCUAUCGCGAUUUUCUAGCGCAGAUUGUCAAAGAACAAAUUCCAUUGAAUUAGGAAUCCUGCAGAGAAAAGUGGUUAACAGAUAUAUUCGCAUCAUCGCUUGCAUCCGCGACAUAAGGAGUUUGCUAAAAUCUUUAAUCAGUAAAGCCUAUCGCACAGCAUAAAAACUUAACUCAUGCCGAUAAACAUAACAACUUUAUUACACUACAUUACACAGUGUUAAGUUUCCUUUUGAAAUGUGAGCUAAAGUAAUGAAAAGUUUUUGAUUCACAGAGGUUCACAAUGUACUCAUGAGUACAACACAAGGGACCCAAAAAACUCACCUUUUUAGAAUUCGUGUACCACUACGAAAAUAAAUUAAAAGCCUCACUUCAACAA